GGGGAGGGGGACAUAUUUGUAAGAGCCAGCUGUGUCAUUCGUAGAGCUCAGAGAAACGUCGCUUGGUUGAUAUUCAAUAUUAUCUGACAUAAGUCUGGGGAAAAUCUAGCCGUCACUUACACACCUUUUUUAAUUAAAUUUUUCUUGCUGUCAUACAGUUCACCUACUAAAUCUCCGACGAGUGUGCGCUGUGCAAUCAUCGUCUCUCUGUAGGAAACUGUUUUCUUCAUCGUCAUUUACUUCUUACACAACUAAUCGGAAAACAAAGUUGCCAUGGAAACUGUUCUCUUUUUCUGUUCGCUCCUAGUCUAUGUGGCUGCUGUAUCUGAAGCCGAUGCACAAGAUGGAAAGGAAAAGAAAUUGGAUCCAUUUGAAUAUGACUAUGAAAGUUUGAGGAUUGGAGGUUUGGCGUUCGCCGUAGUGCUCUUCGCUCUGGGUGUCCUCCUCAUCCUCAGCCGCAGAUGCCGCUGCCAUUUUAACCAGAAGCCCAGGGCUCCAGGUGAUGAAGAAGCACAAGCAGAAAACCUGAUGGUGUCCAAGGCUAAGGAAACCCCAAAAGAAGAGAACUGAGACUUGUGCAGGCAGACUACUUGAAACAGAAACACAUAGCCAUGGCUGAACCACAUUUUUUUGCGAGGGUGUUGGUGACGUUGAUGUUGAGGUCAGUGGCUGUGGGGAUGAAGAUGAUGACGCUGGGUGAGGAACACAGCUGGAGUUAAAGAUGGGCCUGUGUCUGUAUAUAAUCCUCUAGUCUUGUCAUGUGACCAGUUCCCACAUCUGUCUUUUUCCAUAUGUGCCCUUCUUGCACCAGUCUGUCCAGAGUGAGUUGUUGUAGAGAACCCUACCACUACUACUUGCAGGCUGUUCUUAAUGCUAGUUCUCCUGCCCAGCUGAGCUCAUGUGAUUGGUUUAAGGGAAAUCCCCUUUAGUUUUUUUUUUUUAUUAUUAUCUUUUUUAGUUGCUGUUAUCAAUGGUGUGUUACAUGUAAUGGAGAUAUGUUAAAAAUAUAUUUGAAUAUACAUACAAAAUACAUGUGUGUGUGUGUGUGUGUGUGCGCGUGCGUGCAUGCACAUGUGUCUGUAUGUGUGCACAUGUGUGUGUGGGGAAAAAUGGAGCUUGCAAGACUAUGUGCCCAUGACUGAAAAUGACCUGUUUCCUGACAAUUGAGUGAUAGUGGAUGUGCGCACAUACGUCCCGACAAUCCGACAAUUAACAGCACCCACAUGUGAGAAACACAGAAACAGUACCACCACUGUGCCACAGGUGGCACCACACCACUGUUCUCUAAAUCAGCUGUACCACUGCCCAGCUCUGUGCCUGCUUAUGGACCUGUGAUCCACUGUCGUCUAGACACCAAGGCCACAGGAGCACUUCACCUCACCAUAGUGCCACUAACUUCUGUCCUCCACUCUCCCAUUUCACAUGUAGCAAUAUCCAAUCUCGAAAUAUACAUGUCUAUUUACAGAUGUUCUGCUGUGCAACCAGUUGGUUUUGCUGGAGACAAUGUGAUUUUGUGUGUGUCUGUGUUGUGCCGCAAAUUAUCUGUGGUAAUAAGCCUGAGAGUUGUAGGCAUAGUGGUCAGCUUGAAAAGAGAAAAAUGUAUUUACUAUUUAGCACAUUUAUGCUGGACAUAUCUUGAAUAUAUAUUGAGUCAAAUACAUUGCUAAGUAUUUUAGAAAAUGCCAUGUUUAUUAGAAAACUAAUUAUAAAUACAUACUAUGUAAAUCUUUGUGCAGCUGUAUUGUAUGACUGGAUUUUGUGCUUUUACAUACCAAAUAAAGUCUGUCUGUGUAAAGUCA